AUUCGACGCAGUGAGUAGUUAUUUUCACGGCUAUAUGGUGGAUACGAGCUUGUUCUGGAAUAAGUGAAGAAGACUACAAUGUUGUCCAGUAUAUGCAAUCAUCGAUCAGCAGCACUAGUUUUGCUGUUUUUGGCUUACACAUAUGCAGAUAAGGGUAUAGAAGAUGUGCGUUGCAAGUGCAUCUGCCCUCCAUACCGAAACAUCAGUGGCCAUAUCUACAAUAGGAAUGUUACUCAAAAGGACUGUAAUUGUCUGCAUGUAGUGGAGCCCAUGCCAGUGCCUGGUCAUGAUGUUGAGGCUUACUGUCUACACUGUGAAUGCAAGUAUGAGGAGCGAAGCAGCAAUACCAUUAAGGUGACCAUAAUCAUUUACCUGUCUGUGGUUGGUGCUCUACUACUGUACAUGCUGUUUCUGCUGUUGGUGGAGCCUUUAAUCCGUAGACAUCGUGAUCCCUACACACAGCCGCUGCAAAAUGAGGAAGAUUCUGAGGACGUGAGGACCCCCGGCAGAGGGAACACGGUGCUGGAGCGAGUGGAAGGAGCUCAGCAGCGCUGGAAGAAACAGGUUCAGGAGCAGCGUAAGACUGUGUUCGAUCGCCACAAACUGCUUAGCUAAGCUCCCAGCUGCAGUAUAAAUAAAUGCACGAGGCAGGUGACUUCUAAGUUUAA